CAGUCGCCCAGUCUCCUCCCGCGUUUCCAUUCCAGCGGGAUCCCGGAGACCACGGCACCAUUUCCAUUCCAGUCGGUCGUUAUAAGCAGGAAACCAACGCGCGCCCCAUGGCAACGCUGCCUCCGCCGUCACGCCGUGGUUCUGCUCAUCCCGGUCCCCAUGGCGCCGCCGCUCGUCCUGCUCCUCCCACUCAUCGUCGCCGCGCUCGCGCUGUGCCCGGAACUCUCCCACGGCCACGGCGGCGGCUUCUACGACCCGGCGCGCGUCACCCAGCUCUCAUGGCGCCCCAGGGCGUUCCUGUACAGCGGCUUCCUCUCGGACAGCGAGUGCGACUACCUCGUCAAGCUGGCGAAGGGGAGGAUGGAGAAGUCGAUGGUGGCGGACAGCGACUCCGGGAAGAGCGUUAUGAGUCAGGUCCGCACCAGCUCGGGCACUUUCUUGGCCAAGCACGAGGAUGAAAUUGUCACUGCAAUCGAGAACCGUGUUGCUGCUUGGACAUUUCUUCCCGAAGAAAAUGUUGAAUCAAUUCAGGUUCUGCGCUAUGAAAUUGGUCAGAAGUAUGAUGCCCACUUCGAUUAUUUCCAUGACAAAAACAACCUGAAACGUGGUGGUCAUCGUGUUGCCACCGUGCUUAUGUACUUGACAGAUGUCAAGAAGGGUGGAGAGACUGUAUUUCCAAAUGGUGAGGGAAGCCAUUUACAACACAAGGACGAAACUUGGUCAGAUUGUGCAAGAUCUUGCCUGGCAGUGAAACCAAAAAAAGGAGACGCACUACUGUUCUUCAGUCUUCAUGUCAAUGCAACAACUGAUCCAAGCAGCCUUCAUGGGAGCUGCCCAGUAAUUGAGGGUGAGAAAUGGUCAGCCACAAAAUGGAUUCACGUCAGAUCAUUCGAUAAUCCUUCGAAUGUAAGGACAGAUGUGCCAUGUUCUGAUGACAAUGAGCUCUGCCCUAGAUGGGCUGCAGUUGGGGAGUGUUACAAGAACCCAACAUACAUGGUGGGCACCAAGGAUUCGCUCGGAUUUUGCCGCAAGAGUUGCGGGGUGUGUGAUGCAUAAACCACCCUGCAAUCUGAAUGUGUUGUGGGGUGUUGCCGUGUUAGGACAUAAUUGUUUUCACCCCCCCCCCCCCCCCAAUCAUGUUUUACGGUUACUGAGUUGUACAUAACAAAUGAGGCAGGAUUUUAGUAGUAUGGUCGUAUGGAGUACUGUCUCCUCUUGACAUCUGUAGUUUGACUUCGGAGCAUCUUGAUACAAAGG